AUGUCUUCCGUCGCUAUCCCUACUACCCAGAAGGCCAUCCUCGUCGAGAAGUAUGGUGGCCCCGAGGAGAAUGUCCUCCGCGACAUCCCCGUCCCCACGCCCAAGGACGACGAGGUGCUCAUCAAGAUUGAGUGGACUGGCGCCAACUACAUCGACAACUACCGCCGCAGCGGCCUGUACAAGGUCGCCCUGCCCUUCGUCAUGGGACAGGACGUUGUCGGAACCAUCGUCCAGCUGCCCAAGGUCGCCAUGACCGAGACCGGCCUGGGCAAGCUCUCCCUCGGCCAGCGCGUCUGGUCCCCCGCCGCCGCCUCGUUUGCCGAGUACACCACCGCGCAGUGGUGGAAGGUCGCCCCGCUCCCGGCCAACGUUGAGCCCCGCGACGGCGUGAGCAUGUGCACUGUCGCGCUCACGGCCCUGGCCCUCACCCGCGAGGCAUACGCCGUCAAGAAGGGCGACUACAUUCUCGUCCGCGCUGCCGCUGGCGGUGUCGGCCUUGUCCUCGUCCAGCUCGGCAAGUACCUCGGUGCCACUGUCAUUGCCACGACUUCGACUGCCGAGAAGGCCGAACUCGCCAAGGCCAACGGCGCCGACCACGUCCUUCUCACCUCGAACUCGUCCGAGGACAACGUCAAGGAGAUCCUCAGCCUCUCGCAGGGCAAGGGUGUGCACGCCGUCUUUGACGGUGUGGGCGCUGACACUUGGGAGGAGGACUUCCUCGUCGUGCGUACCGGCGCCACCAUCGUCUCGUUCGGUAACGCUUCCGGCGCCGUGCCCCCCUUCUCGCCCCUCAAGCUGUCGCCCAAGUGUCUCAAGGUCGUCCGCCCCACGCUGUUCCCUUACAUCGCUACGCCCGAGGACUUUGGCGCCCUCGCCAAGGACGUUUCGGACAUUGUCGCUGCUGGUGGUAUCAAGUUCGCCGUCCACAAGGUCUACCCCUUCACCCAGGACGGUGUCCGCCAGACCCAGAUUGACAUCUCGGGCCGCGGCACCACCGGCAAGCUCCUCAUCCACGUCGACGCUGAGAGCAAUGGAAACGUGUCAGAGUUGUGA